CUGACCAAGUGUUACUUGAUCCCUCCGGACAAGACAUGAUGAACAAACCACGUGCGCUUAAGAGAAAACUAGAUUUGAUCAGAACCAGAUCUGAGCAAAAAGAAGCUAUGAAGCUUAAGAGGCGACUAGAUGAGAAAACGGAAAGAACGGCAACCUUAAAACCCACAGAUUGGAAGAGCGUUUCUGUAAAGCAUGCGGAGAAGUUUCAAAAGCUUUUAGAACUGUGGGAAAGUGAUCCUGAAUCGAUAACAAUAGUAAAUGAUAAUGGCGUAUGUUUCAAAAAAGAGUUCGCGAUAGGCAGUGGCAGUUAUGGCACGGAGGUGUACAUUUGCUUGGGAUCUGACGGAAUAGAACGAGCGAUAAAACGUUUGCCAAAACUCUUGUGCGAGAAAUUCUUGAAGAAUGAACGAGAUAUCUUGAAUUCUCGGAAUGCAGUCGACUCGCCACGAAUUGUAAAUUAUUGUUUUUACGAUGACACUUCCAAUCCUGAUUUCGGUUAUUUGAUUCUAAGCUUAAAUGAACAGAAUCUUGAAGAAUUUAUCAGGGAAGAAGGCGAAAGCAUGACAGAAUCCGGUGCUACGAAGAUGAUACGUCAAGUGUUGGAAGGGCUGAAAGCAUUACAUACAAGAGAGCCUAGAAUUCUACACAGAGAUUUGAAGCCAACUAAUAUACUUGUUGAUGUGCAUGGUAAUUUACUCCUGUCUGAUUUUGUUAUGGGACGCUUUUUCCCAGAACAAGGUAUUUUCACAAGAUGUAUAUCAUAUAUCAAGAUAUAUAUUUUAAACAGAUCUAUUGAAGUAUACAACCCCCAAUAAGUUAGCGUUGAACAAGAACUGUCUUGUUCUUUAAAAAUCUCUUUUAUUUUUGACCUGGGAUUGUUCGAUUCAUAAACUAAAGUUAUCCUGGACAAAUACAACAGAAUUUAUAUAAAAUUACGGUCAGAAUACAAGAACCUUCCCACUUCCGCUUCUGUAAUUUGUUUGGGUAUACUUAAGGCCACAUAAAAAAAAUUACUUGUUUAGCGUCCACCCAUUUUAAUUUUCCUAGGUCGGGCGGGCGGAUUUUUUUUUUUUUUUUCGUAAAAUGCAACACAAAAUUCUGCUAAAUGCAGGGCUUUUAAAAUUAAGGAGAUCCGGGGACUUUUAUCAGGUCGGGCGGGGACACUAAACAAGUAAUUUUUUUUAUGUGGCCUAAAGAUGAUGAUGGGAGAGGUUUUUGUCUGAAAAAUUUUUUUUCUGGAAAAAAUUUUAAAAGGGGUGGGUCAUAAUUUUUCAGCACCAAUUUAAGGGUGGGCUAUAAAUUUUCGUGCAGCUAUUAAGGGGUGGACUACCAAAAGUUCAGACACCAAAUAUAUGAUUUUCCCAGCCCCCCUCCCCUUUACUUUAUGACCGGUCCCUAACCCCUUGGUGGGCCUCGUUUCAAUAUUAUUUGUUUGAUGCAGAAGAAUUCUAGAACAGUUUAGUCCACUUUCAGCUGCCUUGGAAAAAACCUUUUCCUGUUGUGGCUUGAUUAAAAUGAGGGAAUAAAUUCGUCUAAUUCCUGUGUGACUUACGCAUGCACGUCCUAGCAUUAUACAGUUAAUUCAUGCAAUUUGGAAAAACAAGCACUCGUGAGUUUUUCAAAGACUUCAAAAUGCGCUCGUCCUCUGGACAAGUUUUCAAAGACUUGAUAGUCUUUGAAAAACUCACUCGUGCAUGUUUUUUCCAAGUUGGAUGAGAAACCAUAAUAUUACUUAUAGUAAUAUACAUUAACUGAUUAAUGCUAGGACAUGCAUGUGUAUAAGUCACACAGGAGUUAGACGAAAUUAUUCCCUCAUUUGAAUCAACUCAAGUCACUGCAGAUAUAAUGGUCAAUGGGUUUAUAAUGCUUUAUAUGUUGGUUAUGGUACAGUGUAAUAUGUAGUUUUUUUACCACAGUCAGGGGCACACUUUAUGGUUGGGUGUUUAGGGUGGUGUGGCACCCUCCCAACAUUUAUGAAAUCAGUCUUAAAAGUUGGUCCCAAAAUGUUUAUUGUAUUAAUACUGUCAGUCUGCUUUUUAUCCAAAACAGACGAUCAUUUUGUGCAUCCAAUAUGUCAAAAAGAGAUAAACAAUUGGGUGCAAAUUGCUAAUAGCAAAACCGGUAGAAUGCCUCAGUUUAUUGAGCUUGGCUUUUGCAAAAUUUUCAAUGAAAACAAAAGUGAAGUUUUUAUUUUCAAUGUAUAGUUCCCUUACACCUGCAUAUAAUAAUGAAAAAUCAUGAGUUUCAUGUACUUUACAAUCUUCAGAAUUUGUAUAAUCGUCCCCCAAAAAUCUGGGGGAGCAUGCCCCCUGGACCCCACUAGUGCUGUAUUCUGUCUUUGGCACCACCACUGAAUAAAAGAAUAGUGAGAAACUAUUGUGAAUUUAGAUGUUAUUUACUCAAGAGUACCUAUCAGAAAAUGCAGAAAUUCUUGUCCUAGUAAUAUUCAAAACUUCGGAAAUUUACUUGGGGAACUACCCUAGGUCCCCAGCAAUGGAUAUUUUGCAAUUAUAUUACAGAUUACAGAUAUUUCACAGCACACUCUCUAUCAGGGCUUUUUCAGUGACUGGUUACAUUAUGAAUACGUAGAUAGAUAGAACCGGACUGAUGUACGUGAAGCAGACCGAGGUAGACUUUGAGCUUACAAAUGGCACUUGAGCAGCCGCUAUUAGUCCAUACCUCAUUAAUGAUCUGCCUCCAGACCUAUGUGCCUAACCCACCCUGUCAACUUUCCCUGUGGGAGGAAACACGGAGUACCCGGAGAAAACCCACGACUUUCGGCAGAGCUUUGACUUUUCACAUGAGGACUGGGUUCGAAUCACAUUGAGAAAUUCUCAUUGAGAUUUGAACCCACGCCUUAGAGGUGAAAGGCAAGUGCGCUAACCACUUUGCCACCGGCGAAUUGGUUGAUUUCCAAACAAAUUGGUUGAUUUCCAAACAAAUUGGUUGAUUUCCAAACAAAUUUGGAUAUAAAAAUAUAUAUUUUCUUUAUUCUGGCUCAAAAGCCACUAACACUUAAUGCUUUACAUCUCUAUAAUGGCAUUUACAACAUUGAGGAGUCUGUCUCAUAACAGAUGACACCCCCCUGACCAGUACCACAGUAUAGUUUUACAGGAUAUUCACUUGGUUUAAUAUUGAGUUCCAUGAAUAGAAUUUGAGUCAAGCAUGUCCUGUGACCUGUGCCAAGAUUAUCCAGUUUACAGACAACCCAGUUUAUCAGACUAACUGAGUGGAUCACAACACACUGAAUACAUGACCAGCUAACACAGGACCUCUCCAAAAAAUCUCAGCAUGCUAAAAUAAUAAAGUAAAAAAUAAAUUCCGAAAAUACAGGACAUCUUGAGAAUUCAAUAUAUAAUUCAAAACAAGACGCAGUUUGAGACUGUAAAUUUUCGACUUUAUUUCAAAGUCAUCUUCUUUCAAAUAAAGUUGAAAAUUUACAGUCUCAAACUGCGUCUUGUUUUGAAUUAUAUAUUGAAUUCUCAAGAUGUCCUGUAUUUUCGGAAUUUGUUUUUACUUUAUUUUUUUAAAUUGUCGGCUGGUCAAGGUUUUUGCUGCUAAAAUAAGAUCCCUACAAGCAAUAAUUAUUGCAUGCUCAACUAAAAGUUAAUCAAUCUGUCAUAUUAAAUAGAUUUCUGGAUCAAACUAAAGAUACCUAAACUGGCUAAAGUCAUCUAUGUGUUACUUCAUCAGAUUAGCACACCCCACUUACUAAUAAAGAGUGUAUGUUCAAGCUGAGGGUCUGCUCCAAGUGCAAGUUGUCUCUUAUUGUCAAUGCUUGUUCAAACAACAACUUUGUGUCUGCCUGCAAUGUGUAGCUGUGUGACAACAGCUAAGUAUUAAAACAUCAAUCUCUUGGUGUUAAAUAUCUUUACUGUGUUCACACAUAUUCUUCCAAUCCAACAAAAAGGUUCAGCUAAACGAAGGUCAUGUUGUGAUUAGCAAUUAAAUAUUAACUGAUCAAGCAGUUCACUAGACACUACGGCUGCAGUAUGUACGAUUUCUCUUUAGCCGCUAUUGUAUGUGACGGUGAGAACUGUACUACUAUAAUCAUAAAACUAUUUGUAAUUUGGGGUCAGUUUGGAUCGUAUUUGUGUAACGUACUUUAGGUCAAGGGAAGUGAAAUAUCAGUUUACCGUCACCCGGGCGCGUGAAAUUUUUCAUUAUUUUCUAUUGUCCUCUUGGACUUUUGUGAAAAUAUUUCAAAAACAUUAUUUAUUUCGUCCAGAAAUUCUAUUGGAAGCCCUUCCGCUUUGAACAUUGCAAGUAUUUCAUGUAUUGAUCGAUUUAAUCCAACCUAAACUUUCCCGUGGCAAAAUAAUAAGCGUACAUGAAGUAGGUUACAUUUAGACCAAUCAUAUUGCUUGAAACGGUCACAAUCCUUCAUUGUCAGAGGUAAUCUUCGAGUUAAGCCUUUUUCGAGUUACGCCCCGACCACGCCCAAACCAAAAGCAUUCUCGUCAAGGGCUUAACUCGAAGAAAGAAACACAACUUGGAAAGUUCGAGUUAAGUUAAUUGUAGGAUCAGUUUCAAUUGUUGAGGUAGUGAUUAGAAAUCUUCCCCAGAACAGGAGAAAUGCCAUUUCAAAGGCUCUAGACUUCACAAAAAAUUUUUGGGAAACGAGAAAACAAAAAGAGAGAAGUUUUGGUUACAACGGUGCAUUUCUUUGGACUAAUUUACCGGUUAAUGUGAAAAAGGACAAUACUUUAACUUAUUUUAAAAAAACUGAUAAAAGAACAUGAUAAUUUGUAAAUAGUUUCUCCAUAGUGUAUGUGUUAUUGCGCGUUUUUACAUGUGUAGUUGCUUACUAAAAUCGACUGGGGGGAGCAAUCACCAACUCCCCCCCCCCCCCUAGUGUGCACCAUAUGGCAUGAAGAGACGGGUAUUGUAGUUUGGUAUGGUUAGUUCAUUAAUGGGCGAAACUCUCUCUCUUUGACAAGUAAAAUAUUCAUCUGAGACUGUCAAACAAAGUAAAAUACUAAAAGAUUAAAUGGGUCAAUUUUACUUCUUUACAGGUGCAACAACAUACCAUACCAGUAACGAAAGUGGAUCACACGGCUGGGUCGCAUAUGAAUGUAUUGACUGGGGUGGAUUGUUUUCUCAUAAGGCACGGAACCCUUCAGAUACACCAAUACAACUCAGGUGGAAAGAGAAAUCAGAUAUCCAAGUCGCAGGCAUGUUAUCAUUUUACAUCUUGACCGAAGGAAAGCAUCCGCUUGGUCCAAAAAUAGUCCGACUAAUGAAUUUGCAUGCUAACAAUCCAAAGCAUUUAAGAGAUCUAAGUGAUCCAGUGGUCACAGACCUGCUUUCUCAGAUGUUGGCUCGGGAUCUAGAUCAACGGCCAUAUGUGGAGCAAGCCCUGAAGCAUCCUUACUUUCUCUCUCUCGAAGAGCAGAUGAAAUUUGUAGAAGCUGUAGGCAACGAACCGAAAUUAAAGAAUUUCUGUGCUGUUUACAGACAGCUGAACAACCUUGAUCCAUCCAAACCUCGAAGUCGGUUGUUACCAAAGGAUUGGAAAACAGUGAUUGGCCAUGAUGACCUCGACACAUUGUGUAGAGGAGGUCACCGCUCCCCAUCAGAGUAUAAUGGUAGCCGUUAUACUGAUUGUCUUCGAUUGAUACGAAACACAUUUCAGCAUCGGGAUGGCAAACUGAGUCAAUUGAAAAAGAAGACACCGGCUACUUCUUCUCUUGAGGAAUAUUUUUUUCAGUUAUUUCCCAAACUCCCGUUUGUUCUUCAUCAAAUAAUCAGAGAGUGUCCCGACUGGAAAACACGCCCUGCCUUGAAGGAGUUUUUUCCUGUGGUAGACCGUCAUGCAGUGACUGAUGCAGACUAAAGCAUACACAAUGUGUAAGAUUCGUAUAUUUCAUUACCAUGGUUUUCAUUAUUCCUUUAUACCAGGUAGUUGGCAAAUCAUUGUAUCCCGCUUGUCCAAAACGACGUACUAUUUCGUAAAACUGAUCUAGUUAUUUGCAAUCUUAAAUUUUGAAGUUAUCUUGUUGAAGAAUGAAAGUAUAGUGAUACAUUAUAAGUUGGUUACAGAGCUCUGUUGUGUUAUUAUAUCUAGUCAAUAUACACUAGUACAGCCGCCUACUUUAUCAACACAGCCACCUACUCAGAAUAAUUCUGAAAGCCUGGAUAGGAAGGAAAAAUAAAAUAUUUGAGUGAAACUGAUUAAAAACUAAGAAUUAUAGCUGAAAUUUGGGGAAAUUUGCAGAAACAUUGAGGAAAAACUAAAGGACCAAGCCAUCAAUGCUAAAAAAAUGAAAAAUAAAAUUAAUUUCCAGAAUUGGGCACUUUUCCCCUCCCCUCCCUCCACCCUUUAAAAUAGAGCUUGAGCCGCUGGCGCCGCUGAUGACCAUAAUGGUUCAUCUGAGCCCAUUAUGGUAACAUUUUCAGUCAACUGGUUAUUGGAUAGUAAAACCACGAUCUUGAACAUUAUUGUUAUAAUGUUGUUUCAAUUACGCAUUCCAGAAAUAAUGUUCAAAUGCAUUUGUUUAUUUUUUCAUAGAUUCGUGAAGGUUAUGCACGGCGUUUAACCGCUUAUUUCAGGGAAAGCAGUGCUCGUGGCGUUACUGGCACUUUAAACAACACAAAAUAAUUUGGAAUGUAUUCUGUAUAUACAAAAACUAGCGGAGAGUUGCCAUAUGCAAUGUACAACAUUUUGGUCAAAAUUUAGCCUAAAAGGAGUUUAAUAAUUUUAGCUUAGUAGCAAUAUCUUAGUUUGCACAAUACAGUCUCUUAUAAAGAAUAUAUAUUAAUCAUAAUUUAGUGACUGAUAGGUUUUAAAACGAUUUUCAUUUAAAUACAACAGUCUCAAUUAUCGUGAUAAUGUAGUUAAUUUUAAUUUGCACCUAAAACUUGUGGUAAUUUUAGUUCUAGCUAGUAACAUGCACAAUAUAUAUACACAGUUGUAAACUGUUAUCCAAUUUUCAUAGAAAUUAAACUAAAGUUUGAUCGAUA